UAAAGUGUUGAAGAACAUUCAUUAAUGUUAGGUGAAAGAUUAGUGCUCUGGGGCUCUUCUUCUCCAAACAAGAAAAGAUCUCUGUGCUUUUUCCUUGGCAACGCUAUCUCUUAUGAAUAGCUUCCUACUUUGAUUUGUUUAGAGAAAAACAUGUUGCUUAGGUUGAAGGACUGACUCCUUUCUAGGACAGACCCAUUUCCUACUCAAAACCUACUUACUCAAGCUCUCUGCCUCGUGCUGUGGGUAGUGGUGUCAUGGCACAGCCCUGUCUUAUCUAAUUGCUGAGCACAGAGGUGAACAUCCUCACUUGACAUGAUAUUCCAGAUGUGAAAUGAAGGAGCAGGAUUCCAUGUCUAAGCUGAAGGCUCCAGGGCACACAGGAGCUGUGGGAAUACUGAUGCACAGCAAACUAGAGAUUUAUGGAGCCCUUCCUGACCCAUGUCCCUGAGAAUGAAGAUAGCAAGGUGCAGGACAAGAGUUUGUGAUCUCUGAAACCCACCUGGAAGGCCAAGGAUUACUGCUGUCAGUGACGCUUCUGGAGGCAGAGUGUGGCAGGUUGUGUAUGGAGCAUCAGUUCUGGGAUGGGAUCAGCUGAGAAAAAACACUGUCAGGAAAUUCAUAAUCAUAUCUCUCUUCUAGUCUUUACAAUGUGAGGUAAUUAUUAAUUGAAAGCAGCACUGGGCCAAAUUCUAGUGGCACUAGAGUGCUAUAAACCUGUGAUAUUUCUUCUUAAGAGUGUGGCUUUUCUCCUGUGCAGUCAAGACCAUAAUGCUGACAGAUAACAAACAUAAGGAAGAGAGUCAGCAACUUUAGGCCAGAUGGAGAAGCUGUUAUGUGAAGUCUGGGUGGGUCUUUCACCAGCUGCAUUGAAGACAUGAAGUUACCACAUUCCUCUCUGCAAUAUUGCUCCAAGUGGACUUAGGUAGCUGAUAAGAGCAAUGCCAUCAGGUGCCAUCCAGGGGGAAAUCUGUUAUAACAGUGUUCCAAAGGUAGAAAGUCUGGUGCUGAUUGGCUGGUGCUCCAUGGAAAGCUCAGCAACAUGCCCUAUAUAUUGCCAGAAAUGAGAGGGACCAGCAUCUGUUCCCACUGCAAAAAUGGGCUCCAGCAUCUUCCCACUCUGCCUGACACUUCUGCUAUGUCCUGCCUAUGGUUCUCCAGUCUCUGUGGAACACCUCUCCAGUGAAGCUGAUGCUGGAGCUGGUGAGAUAUUCAAAGACAUUCCCCAAAUCAACUUGGCUGCUGGACUGGACCUCUUUCAGGGUGAUAUCUUACUCCCUAAAAAUCAGCGAAAUGCCUUAAGAAAUGAAACCUACAGAUGGAAGUUCCCCAUUCCCUAUAUUCUGGGUGAUGACCUAGACCUGAAUGCCAAAGGAGUCAUUCUCCAGGCAUUUGAAAUGUUCCGCCUGAAGUCCUGCAUUGAUUUCAAGCCAUAUGAAGGAGAAAGAACCUACAUUUUCUUUAGCAAACAAGAUGGGUGCUGGUCCAUGGUGGGGGACCUGCAGACUGGACAGAACCUCUCAAUUGGGUCAGGCUGUGACUACAGAGCAAUUGUGGAACAUGAGAUCCUGCACGCUUUAGGAUUUUACCAUGAGCAGUCGAGGAUGGACCGGGAUGACUAUGUGAAUAUCUGGUGGGAUGAAAUUAUUGCAGGCAAAGAGCACAAUUUUGCGAAGUAUGAUGAUACCUACAUCACUGAUCUGAACACCCCCUAUGACUACGAAUCAUUGAUGCACUAUGAACCGUUUUCAUUUAACAAAAAUGAAAGUGUACCCACAAUCACAGCAAAGAUACCAGCGUUUGAUGACAUAAUUGGACAACGUUUAGACCUCAGUGCCAUUGACCUGGAAAGACUGAAUCGCAUGUACAACUGCACUUCAACUCACACCUUUUUGGACCAGUGUUCUUUUGAGUUUGAAAACAUCUGUGGUAUGAUCCAGGGCACUAACCAUGAUGAAGACUGGGUGCACCAACAGGGCAGCACGAUGGGGCAGGAGGACCACACACUUUCUGGGCAGUGUAGAGAUGCUGGCUACUUCAUGUAUUUCAGCACCGACUCUGGCCAGGCAGAUGAGGUGGCAGUCCUGGAGUCCCGAAUCCUUUAUCCAAAGAGAACUCAGCAGUGCCUCCAGUUCUUCUACAGGACCACAGGAAGCUCUUCUGACAAACUGAUCAUUUGGCUUAAAGAGGAUGAUGGCACUGGGAACAUUCGCAAGAUGAGGAAGAUUCAAACCUUUCAAGCGGACAGUGACUCCAACUGGAAAAUUGCCCAUGUAACCCUCAAUGCUCAGAAGAAGUUCCGUUACCUGUUCCAAGGACUGAAGGGCAACCCCAGGUCUUCAUCGGGUGGGAUUGCCAUUGAUGAUGUGACUCUGACAGAGACCCCCUGUCCCACAGCUGUGUGGGUCAUUCGCAACUUCAGCAAAAUCCUUGAGAACUCAUCCAUCAGCGUUAUUGAAAGCCCCCGGUUUUACAGCCCUGAGGGUUAUGGAUUUGGCAUCAGUGUGUUUCCCAACUACCAGAACACUGGCUAUGCUCGCAUUGCCUUCCACCUGUGCAGUGGAGAGAACGAUGCAGUUCUGGAGUGGCCAGCUCUGAACCGCCAGGCCACGCUCACGGUGCUGGACCAGGACCCCGACAUCCUGAAAAGGAUGUCCUCAAGCAAAAGCUUCACCACAAGCAAGGACCAUGUUGACUCAAGUAGUGGAACUAUAAUAUGGGAUAAACCAUCAAUUGCUGGAAUAUUUGAUGAGUCAUGCAAUUGCAACAGAAGUGUAGCCUGGGGAUGGAGUAACUUCAUAUCCCACAGCCAGAUGAGACGAAGAAGCUUCCUGAAAAAUGAUGACCUGAUUAUUUUUGCAGAAUUUAAUGAUAUAAUUCAUCUCAAUAACACUGAAGUUCCUGUUGAACCUGUGCAAUCUGCCCUCAUGGAAGGCCUCAUUCUUGAAAGGCAGAAGAGAGCAGCCCAGGACAUGGAGCCUGUUCAAGACCAGCUGCCUUAUCUGCCAGACCCAUGUGACCCAAACCCUUGUCAGAAUGACGGAGUCUGUGUGAAUGUGAAAGGAAAAGCAAGCUGCAGGUGCCCAUCAGGACAAGCCUUCUUCUUCACUGGUGAGAGGUGUCAGUCAAGGCAGGUCCACGGGAACAUCCUGGGAAUGUCAAUUGGGGGAAUUGCUGGAACCAUUGUCUUAACUAUUGUCCUCAUUUCCAUCAUGGCUAGAAGAUAAAAAACUGCAGGGGGGACACAUUUCAACCUGGUUCAUAAGAUACCCAUUUUCAGUGAAAAGUGAUGAAUAUAACUUGGAGAACACCAGUCAUCAUAUGGAUGCUCUGCCAACAGCUUGGGAGCAAGCUGUUUUUUCUGAGGGAUGUGGCAUUUAAAGUGUGUCAUGUAGAGCUGCUGUCUGAUGAAAA